CACGUCACUGCUAAAAUCAGUAAUUCAUCAACAGUGCCCUGUACGACGUUACAUUACUUGUACCUAGACCCACUAUGGACGUCAGUGAUGCUGUAGGAGUUUCCCCCGCCGUAACAGAAAGCCAAGCGCUUCAAGGUGGUGUCAGCUUCGAUGAAAUUAUGGACACGGGGGCACCUGGCGAGGCUACCACGGAGAAAGAGGCCAUUCAGUCUCGACUUGCGACAUUUCAACACUGGACGGGAGUCACGCUUCCUUUGCAGCUUGCUGUAGCUGGAUUUGCAUACACGGGGGAAGUGGAUAAAGUUGUGUGUACCUUCUGUGGAAUAAUGAUGUACAACUGGACAAGUAAGGAAAUACCUCUUGAGGUCCACAGAAAAUAUUCUCCUGAUUGUCCUUUCUUGAAGAAAUGGUUCCCGAUGACGGAAGGGGAAAGGUCCGCAGCACCACCUGGGGAGCGAGUAGGGUAUGAUGCAACAAAGGCUAAACACAAGGAAUAUAUUACCUUUGCACAGCGACUGUCUUCCUUCGUCGGCUGGCCACUUACAGGGGACAUCCAUUCUUCACGAAACAUGUCGAUGGCUGGGUUUUUCUACAUUGGAUCUGCAGAUAGAGCGAGAUGUUUCUACUGUGCCCUUACACUCAGAGAUUGGGACACGAAUGAUGAUCCCAUUUUCACCCACAAACAAUGGUCUCCUCAAUGUGGCUAUAUCAAUCAUAUUACCAGCGUCGCCGUCAAAACAAGAAUACGUUCACAAGGCAACCCGUCUGGAAAUCGCCUCCAACAGUCAUCGAAAGCCUCUGCUGCAAACUCGUCUACAGUGACAAUACCACCAGGGAUUAACAGAAAAGCAGAAGGUGCAUUGUCGAACCCAGGGGGCACCUGGGAACAUUCGCCCUCUGUUCAAGCUUUGUUGGAUUUUGGAUACUCGAUUAAUGUGGUUCAGGAAGCUAUUAAAAAGCACAAAGAAAAAUAUGGACAUGAUUUCAGGGAUUCAACAGAUUUGUAUCGUGCCAUUGAAGAAAUAGAAAAUUAGAAUUUGUAUCAGGAAAUUACCAACAUUAAUCAUUUUAUGUUCGCUAGAAAAUAGAUUAUUGGGAUUAUCAAAUGCAGGAAACUACAUUGAGAGUAAAUGUACACUCUCAUUAUUAUACUUAUUCUCUUUCCUUUUACCUUACGAAAUACAAAUAUUUUUAAUGUGAUGUUUGAAAGACAUCGUCUGAUUAUGUAUGCAUGUGCCCGUUUAUUAAUCCCUUCAUCAAUGCAAUAUGUGCCAAAUGCCAGUAUUUGUGUUCCUAGUAUUGCGUGACAUUAUUUGUAUUGAUUGUCAGUGACAGAAUAAUAUUGAAACGCUGUCGAGUGGCCAGAUUGUAACCGAAAGCGUGAUUUAGUUUCCUCCCUUUGUUGUUGACAAACACGAUCGUCGCCAUCAUCAUUAGAGAAGUUUCUGGAAGGGAGAGCUCACGUUUAACGAUUCAUUGAUAUUGAGUGGUCAUUUACUGACAUUUUCACAGUUCAGAUCAAUACAAAAUCUUUUUACGGUUGAUAUAUACGUCUUUAAAUUUGGAAAUCACACGAAUCCUUGAAACAGUUCACUGGUGCCUUAAUGAUCUUUUGUGUUUGGAAUGGAAUUUGUUCCAGGUGAACAAUUGACUUGACUUAGCAAAUGCUUAUGACGGGUGCCACCGUUUGGGCAGGAUACGCUCACCUUUUCGCGAACACCUGGUAUCAUCACUUUUUCAUAAUGAUUCAUAAACACAUGCUCUGUCAUCAUAUCGCAUGGUGGCAAUCACGGGAGUAUUUGGCUCAGACUCGAUUCGUUUACAAACAACAUCGUACAGCUGUAAUACUGCUGAAACAACAUAUUCUCAUGAUAUAGCCACAGUUGUACAAUCAACGCUGCUUUAAGCAGAGAUUUAUGGAUGUGGGAAGGGUUUUGUCGCUUCUAUUAUGCACCGUACUUACAGUAUGGACACUUAUGUAUCGAGGGUUGUCCACAUAAACCAAGUGGUAAUCGUGUAGUACCAAUGUAUGGCCUCACCUGACUUUGUGUGUUCAAAUCAAAGUUGUUCCGACAGAUAACAGCACAUUUUCAUUCCUGUUGGUCAAAAUUAACAAGGAAUAACCAAAGGUACUUCAGCUUUGGACAGGAUAUAGUUCUUUUUACAUCCUUCAAGCUUUUUUGAUAUUCUUCAUUUAAUGAUCAUAACUGCACUCAGAAUGUUUUCUCUGAUCGUUUUUGUGUUGAUGAAUAAAUAUACCAACGAUA